AACGGGACUUCUCGGUUUACGACAGAGCGCGUCCGUCCGUGCGCGUGGUGGGAAUGGUGGUAAGAUGGCGGCGCUGAAGGAGGAGCAGUGCUACGGACUGUCCUGUGGAAGAGUGAGCAACGGCAGCAAUGUCACCGUCUUUCACGUUAAACUCACUGACAGUGCACUCAGGGCGUUCGAGGGCUUUCAGAGCAGCAAGGUCCAGUCAUCACAGCCCUUUAUCAGAUUUAAUGGCAACCAAGGGAAGAUUUCUAUUCCACGGUCAGAAAAUUCCAGUGAGCUGCAGACAUUUACUUUUGAGCUGUCAAAUGUGGGCAGAGAUAACCCCCAGGGCAGCUUUGACUGCAUCCAGCAGUACAUCACCAGUGAGGGGAGUAUUCAGCUGGAUUGUUUGGGCAGCAUUCAGGACAAGAUUACAGUUCGAGCCACUGAUGACUCCUACCAGAAGGCCAGAGAAAACAUGGCCCAGGUUGAAGAGGAGACUCGCAGCAGACAAGCUAUUGUCAUCAAGCCCGGAGGAAGAUAUGUAGGUAAGAAAGUGCAGAUCCGGAAACCGGCACCUGCCCUCACCGAUAUCGCCCCCUCAAGGAGGACGUCCCGGCCUGUCAUCAUCUCCAGCAGUACGGUAAAGAAAGGCACGACGCAGAACCGGCCUCUCCGCGAGCGCCUCGUACACCUGCUGGCCCUCAAGCCUUACAAAAAGCCUGAGCUGAUCCUGAGGUUGCAGAAGGAUGGCGUCUCACAGGCAGACAAAGACUCCCUGGACAGCCACCUGCAACAGGUUGCCAACCUGAAUGGGAGAGAAAACACCUUCACAUUGAAGGACUUUAUGUAUAAGGAGAUUCAGAAGGAUUGGCCAGGGUACACAGAAGGAGACCAGCAGCUCCUUAAGAGGAUUUUGUUCAGGAAACAGGCCCAGAACAGUUCUGCACCUCCUCCAGAGAAUCCUCCUAAAGAGCUGGCUGGCAGCUCUCCCCCCCAGAAACGUCCUGCUGCUGACUUUAUCGACCCUCUAGUCAACAAAAAGCCUCGGAUAUCGCAUCUUGCCAAUAAGGCUGCAACAGUCCCAGUGAAUGGCAAGCUCAGCUCUUCCAGUAGCAGAGGAGAAAGCGGCGGAGCCAAGUCUGGCCCGGCGGUGUCUGAUGGCGGCGUAACGUCCAGCUCUCAGCCCCUUCCCGUGCUGGACAUCCUUCGUCCUUUUGAAGCACUGUCAGAUGUCAGCAAUGACUCGAGCCACAACGGACGUGACUGCGACUCUCAGGAGACGGCGUUGUCCGAAAGGCUCAGUCAGCCGCCUUCGCUGCUUUCUGCAUCAACAGUAAACGCUACACCCAGCAUCAGCACUUCCUCCUCUGGACACACGGUGCUGGAGGGCCCGCAGGUUAUUAGUCCCUCGACGUUUAACAACAAAUCCAAAAAGAAGUCAAAAAAGCAUAAAGACAAGGAGAAGGGCAAAGGAAAGGAGAAAGGGAGGGAAAACGAGAAGAAGAGCUCUGCGGAGCCUGAUGCGGCCUCUGAGAUGAGCCCGAGAGACAUCAAAAACAGUAUUCCCCUGAAAAGCACAGAGCUGAAUGGACUGUGCAACAGCACCAGUAUUUCAUCAUCACCUGAAGUGGCCGACUAUUUAUUGGGUGACACACCGGGGCAAACGAGACCAGCCAGGCUUCUGCAGAUGUGUCACUGUGGCCAUGGCUGCAGCGGUGGGGCUGACUCACCUCCUGCAUCAUCUGACUUACAGGGGUUUAGUCAUAUGUGAGCAUUCAGACUUAAAUCAUGGGGCAGGGUUGGGUGAUGGGAAGAAUGAAUCAACCAUUGGCGAUGGGUUGAGCCAUUUCGGUUGUUUUUUACAGGAGGUGAUUUGUUUAUUUAUUUUCCUGUGGGUUAGUUUAAUGACAAAUAUUUUACACGUUACAGAGAACAUCGCAGAGGUAACAAUCGAGAAAAGAUCUCCAUCAGCACAUCCGAGCAUUUUCUCACCUUCUCCGCCUCUUGCUGCGGUCAGUGGGCGUGCUGAGGAGGGGCUCGGAGCGACGUCCUCAACAUUGUACACAACGGUGUUGAGUGGAAAGUGGAAACCCUCGAUCUUUCAGAGAGUCUGGAAGACUUCUGGUUAUUUCAUUUGAAGAAAAGUUUCCUGAUUUUAAAACUUUGAAGUGGCGCUCGUUAUUAAGCACCUGCUUUGUGUGUGUCGGCGGAGCGUGGAUCCAUCCAGAACAACGUUUAAACAGCCGUGAGUCAGUCUGAGGCAAAAAUCCAGAACCUCGUAACCUCUUCAGCUAGCUCCCUACAGACGUUUGAUCACGCACGAGUUGCAGGUGACCAGUUUGCGUUUACGCGGCGCAGGAAGAGUGUGUGUUCAGGCCACAGCAGGUGAAAUGUUCCCAAUUUAAGUGAAAUCAUUUAUUUACAUUGUUAAUGUAACGGGGCACUCUGUUCCGCCUUUUUGGAAUAAAUAUUAAUGAAAAUGAAUGGAAAUUAUCAGUAUUGAAUGAUUAUUGUUUUAAAAAUGAAAGUGACGGAUAAAUGGAUCAUGUGACCUCUGGCUGAGAGCAAACGCUGCCUCCUCAGAGUGCGUCCAAACACAGCAGAGGUUUCCUACUCGAACUCAUAAAAGAAAGAAGCCCAGUAGCCUUUGUUGAGAAGAAAAACACGUUGCUUAAAUAAAAUACCAUGAAACGAAGACGAGGCUUCUUUUUAACACUAACCGUGUUUAAUACGAGCCGUUUAUACGUCGCUCUACCAAACUACAAAUACAAAAUUAAACAAAAAGAAAACCCUAAAUUUAUCUUCCAGCAAACGUAUACACUGCACUUCCAUAAAAAAUCUGUCUUUUGGGCGUCUUCUGUGUUCGCAAAUCAGUUUGUGAAUCAUGACGUCGCAUGCACAAAUCGUUUUGGACUGACGAUUGGCGGUGGGAAAAAUGAUUCAAAUCGUCCAACCCGAUCUUGGUUUUUUUUUUUCUUCAGUGCAUGUUUUCAGUUUGCCUUGAUGUUGUAAAUGUUAAUUCCAAAUAGAAGAGAUUGUUUUAGUAAAUUAUUUUAUUGAAGGUAAGAAACAGAAAAUGGUAGAAAGGAUUAAGCUGUGGUGAACUUAAGUCAAAGUACAAGUCGUUGUGUGGCUCCUUCAAAUUUGCUAAGAAUAAAUCCAUCAUUUCACUUCACUGAUGAAACCAGUAAAAUGAUAUUUCAGAUGUUUUGACAGAUUAGGGUUUGUAGACGGCUCUUUGGUUCAGUUCAUAGAAACUGAAGUUCUGAUGAAGCAUACGAGUUACAAUCCCAAAAAUACAUACAGUAGCAGCUUGUGCAAAUGCUAUUUUAUAAACUUUAUGUUGCCAUAAAUGUACAUUUCAAGGUUUUUCUGGCAGAUUUGCUAUGGUAGCUAGCUCCUCGGCUAAUUUCCAGCUAAUUAAGUAACAGGAAUACUUUGCAACUUUUCCAUAUUUUUAAAUCCUUUUUUGAGCCAGUAUGUGCUAAAAUGACCCUUUACAGGGUCACUGAAAGGCCACCUGGCCCUAUUGCCCCCUGUGGACAGAAUAUUCCACAUGCGACUUCAGACUGGUGGGUCGCUCUGUUGGGACUUGAAUGAAAAAAUGGAGCUGACAUACCUGGCGCUGCAGUCUGCUUCCAGCACGUUUUCUGCAUGUUUCAAAUCAUGAACGCAGCUGAUGUGUUUAAUUUAAUGAUGACUCACUCUUGUAGACACUAAGGACGGCUGGUAGACAUGCUGUUAGAUUAUGGUGUUAAAAAGAUGAACACACAGCAAGGAGAUAGUUCGAAGAACCGUAACCAAAACCUGACACUAGAGGGUGCUAAAAGCAAGCCAAAACUGCCUAGCUCCCUUUUAAAAUGAACAGCUGGGAAAUUAUGACUUUAAAGUCCAUCUGUCCAUCCAUUUUCUGAACCUGCUUGUCCAUGAAGGGUCGCGAGGGGCUGGUGCCUGUCUCCAGCAGGCAAUCAGAUAGGGUACACCCUGGACAGAGUGCCAGUCCAUCGCAGGGCCACACAGAGACACACACACUCACACCUAAGGACAAUUUAGACCAGGGGUCGGCAACCUGUUCCCAUCAAAGAGCCAUUAUUACCCGUUUCCCACAGUAAAGAAAACACUGGGAGCCACAGCAGCCGCGGCGUUGUGGGCGGGGCCUACCCUCAGACAGCAGAGAGCUGCUUUAACCAAUCACAACAGGUGACAGCAGCCAGUACCGGUCGCUCGUGUACGUCAAGGCUAUCUUUCAUAAGAAGAUAAUCAAUAAAACGAUUUAUAUAAAGUGGAUCCAGAAGUCGUAGCCCGUCUCUGCCUACAAUAUUUUGAUAUUUUUCACCCUGUUGGUGGUUUUACUGAGCAGGUGCCACUUUUGUCAUACGUUUCUUUUUAAAACAUGUUUAGACUGUUCAGAAUACAAAUCCAGGCUCUGUCACGUUUGAUUGUUGUAAUUAAACUUUGUAGGUGGGGAAGGUCAGAAAAGGAUCCGGUCAUUUUGUUUUUCCCUCAUUUACAGUGACGGAGAUAACGGCGCAGUGCGCCUGGCUCUGGUGUUAAUCAAGUUUAAUUACAUCUAUUUGCAACAAUUUUCACAAGAAAACAUAACAGUUAAAAGCAGGGCUUGUGUUGACCGGACAGUUCCCGUAUUUGACCGUUUAUUUUGACGGAGAAAGGAUAGAAAGAAUUACCCCGACGCAUGCAGACGAACUGACAUUUUAUUCGUUACGCACAUCGCAGAUGUAGCUAAAUCACUAAAGAAAAGAUUCCCAUCUGAACAUCUGAGCUGGACACUGGGCGCAGUGCAGCUCACUGUCAGCGUGUACUACAUAAGGUCCACAGUGAGCUGAAGAUGUGGAGAGGGGCUUAGAGCGCAUUGCAGAACCAGAGCGCAUGCGGGAAGAUUCCUCCGACUGAAGCGAGACUUGUCACUUAGAAAAUGUUCCCUGAUUAUGAAACUUUGGCUGAAUAGUGCUUGUUCCUGUCUCCAAUGUGGCGACGCUUCCAGGAGCCGUCUGAGGAGAAUCCCAGAAUCUCACAUCCUCGUCAGCUCAGGAAGCGCCGAUAUGAUUACGCACAAGCGUGACGCGUCAACCCGGUCUCACAGUAAGACCGGGUUGGAACUGUUCAGGUUUACGGAGACAAUCUUUACAUUUAGAAUUAGCUUACAGAUGUAAAAUUAAUGCAGUAAAAUAUAAAGCUUUUUAUUUAAAUAUCCAUUCAUUAUUUUACAAGCACAGAGAGCCGCAUCAGAUGGAUGGAAGUGCUGCAUGCGGCUCCAGAGCCGCGAGUUGCCGACCCCCGACUUAGACAGACCAAUCAACCUAACAGUCAUGUUUUUAGACUGUGGGAGGAAGCCAGAGCACCCGGUGAGGACCCACGCAUGCACAGGGAGAACAUGUAAACACCCCAGGCCGGGAAGCGGGCCCAGGACCUUCUUGCUGCAAGGCAACAGCUCUGACCACUGCACCACUGUGCAGCCUCUUUAAAGUCAUUUUAAGAUUAUAGAAACACUGUAACUGAACAACUUUAGCAAGAAAUGAGCUAAUCUGUCCAGGCAAAGCUAUUGUUUCUCUAAACUGAGGUUGUUCACUCUUCAAAGAUCUGAACCAUCCUUACAAACUGUUAGACAUCAUUUGUGACUGUUAAAAUAAUAAAGACAUGUUCUCAUGUUUAA